CGGGCGGCCGCCGCGUGGGGGCGUGGGCCGGGAGGGAGGGCCUGCGGGGGCGGCGGGAGAGCCAGGCGCUGAGCCCGGCGGCCUCGGGGCGGCCCUGCGGACCGCGGAGACCUCGCGCGGCGGUGGCUGGCGGAGCACCCGGGGGCAGCACGCGUGCGGGGACUUGCCCUCAGCGGCGUGGCUGAGCGAAGAUGGCAGCGCAGAAGAGGAAAGCGCCCGGCGCGCCAGAGAAAAAGGACAGGAAGUUGAAGAAGGCGCCAGCAGCAGAGAAACCGCCGGCACCGGCAGCCCCACGGGGCUCCACGGAAGCCCGUCCUGAGGAGGGCGCAAGCUCAGCCACGGAGCUGUCCCCGGAGGAGAAGAGGGUCCUGGAGAGGAAGCUGAAGAAGGAGCGGAAGAAAGAGGAGAGAAAGCGGCUGCGGGAAGCGGCGGCCACGGCCCUGGCCCCGCCUCUGCCAGCCAAGCCCUCGGGUGCCCAGCUGGCCCUGGACUACCUCUGUGGCUGGGCCCAGAAGCACCAGGGCUGGCGGUUUCAGAAGACGCGGCAGACCUGGCUCCUGCUGCACAUGUACGACUGCGACCAGGUCCCCGACCAGCACUUCCCCACCCUGCUGGCCUACUUGGAGGGCCUGAGGGGCCAGGCAAGGGAGCUGACCGUGCAGAAGGCUGAGGCCCUGAUGCGGCAGCUGGACGAGGCGGGAGCCGGCCCGGGCCACCCCCUGCUGGAGAGGAGCCGGCGCGCCCGGCAGGUGCUGCAGCUGCUCUCCUAGGGCCGCAGGCCCCCGCCAGGUGCCAGCCCAGCUGCCCUCGGGCCCGGAAGCUGCCUGUUUUUCUACCAGGGCCCAAGACUGGCAGAGCUCCCUGCCCGCCCGCUGCAGGCCGUCUGGGUUGGGCCAGCGUGGGGCCUGGGGCCGUCUCGUGCAGGCCUCGUGUUUCCUGCCCCCGCCUGGCCGCGUGGAGCCUCACUGCCCGGCUCCAGGGGAACUGGCUGCACUUCCAAUAAAGCGGCCACGCCGGCCACGGCUCUC